CCCAAUAUAUAUAUUCUCCCCACCUGGUCUCAACCCUUAAACGCCUGUUCCAAGAUACUCUCAAGCCUCGGGAACGUACUGCGCACGAAAUAGUCAACAAGCUUGAGCGCAAUGUCGUUUUUCUGGCGUGGGAUUAGAUUGACCCUCCUUCAACUCUUCUUCUCUCGCCCUCUUCAACCUCACCUCCACCCCCAAUCCCUUUCUUCUAUAUCUCCUCUCUCGUCUGCAAAAAGCCAUGGCUAACCAACAAGAGGCCAUCGUCAUCGUAUCGAUGACGAUGCUCCCCAAGUUCGCCCAGUUGCUGCCAACUACCCCCGAGUUCCCCCAACCCCACAGUUGUUGACAGCAUUUACCAAGUUCCCCCGUUUGCUGGCAACGUCCCUCAAGGACUCUCGGCAUAUGACGCCGUUAAUAUAAUUCAAUGCAUCAACAAUCGCCAUCCUUCUACUAAUGUAUACUCUGAGGGAGAGAUUUGCAGAAGCGAGCUCAUGCGGUGUAUGGAUCUCGCUGAACAAGACCAAGAGGUCCAGCAAGGACUUGGAGUUCCUUACCAAGUCGAAGACUUGCGGCGUUUCUGGAGAGAAUUAUCCCGUGAUUGGAAUGCGUUCACUAGCAACGAAGAUAACAGGCACAUGCCGGCAAUCACCCUCACUGAUGCCAGAGUUCAAGUUGGCUACUUGAAGUAUGACCACCCGCAGAGCCUCCAUUACCCUGAUGCGCCCGGCGCUGCCCGAAAGCACCUAGCCUCGGUCUACAUGAGUAUCUCAACCGCAACCCGAGAUCAAAUGUUCACGACUAUAUGGAAAGGUGGAGACAGAAAGUUCAUCAGCCCUUCACAUGCAGAGCUGAACGGUGGAACAAUCGCAAGGUGCAUCAAUACUGUCAUUCAGCGGGUAGAUAGCAAUACUAAAGAACGUACCAAAGCUUACAACAUCAGACUCAUCAUCAACACCGCUCGUCGUGGAGUGAUGUGUUUCGCUCAGACCGGUACGGGCCGCGGGGCAUACCUCCCUCCGGAUACCGAACGACCAGCCCUCCUCGAAACUGCAUUUGUUAGAGAUCGUGCCAGACAGAUGGUCAGCAAUUCAGGAGCUGGGCCCGUACCUUGAUCAGCAUAGCUACUAACCCUUCUAUCGCCGCGGGUUGCACACUGGAGGAAAACACCCUGGCUCGUCUUGGUCUUGGCUGGUUCUCGCGACAAAUGUAAAUUCAUUGAUCUCCAAAAGCACCAUCUCGUCCAGGCGGCCUUUGGGGGGCGCCUGCCUGCUCUAAGGUCAUGAAUCUUCUCGGCCUCACAUACAAAGAUAUGAGGCGCCAAAGUGACGAGGAUCGAGAGCAAGGUGGCCCCGAAUUGCUUCACAAUGCUGCGAAUGACACUGUGUUCCAGAUACAGAUUCUAAUCACCCUUCUAGAGGAGUCAAGGAUACCUAGGACCUCUAUCCUAAGGGACGAAAAGGCUCAGGUAAGUUUAGUAUAUCUUAGCAGGCCUUUAGACCAGUCUA